GCGGCACUGGUUUAUGACGUCAUUGAUGUACGCCUGACCAGUGGGCGCUUCCUCCCGAAGGCGACAACGAACGGUGUCGCUUUGGCGUAUGACGUGAAAUAACCACGACUCUAGGAUCGGGAGACGGAAAGCGCUGAUGGACGCAAGCCUCUGACCCUGUAUUUUGGGAAGUGAUCGGAGAAUGGAAGCUGACGGUGGAAAUCCAACCAUGGAAGAAAGCACUGAGAAGAAGGAAGUGGAAAAGAAAAAACGCUCCAGAGUUAAGCAGGUGCUCGCAGAUAUUGCCAAGCAAGUAGACUUCUGGUUUGGGGAUGCAAAUCUUCACAAGGACAGAUUUCUUCGAGAACAAAUAGAGAAAUCUAGGGAUGGAUAUGUUGAUAUCUCCCUUCUGGUGUCCUUUAACAAAAUGAAAAAGCUGACUACUGAUGGAAAGUUAAUAGCCAGAGCAUUGAAAAGCUCAGCUGUUGUUGAGUUGGACUUAGAGGGCACCAGAAUCAGAAGAAAAAAGCCUCUGGGUGAAAGACCAAAAGAUGAGGACGAGCGCACUGUGUAUGUGGAAUUACUUCCUAAAAAUGUGAAUCACAGCUGGAUAGAAAGGGUAUUUGGGAAAUGUGGCAAUGUUGUCUAUAUAAGCAUACCACAUUACAAGUCUACGGGAGAUCCAAAGGGAUUCGCCUUCGUGGAAUUUGAAACAAAAGAACAAGCUGCAAAAGCUAUUGAGUUUCUUAACAACCCACCAGAAGAAGCACCAAGAAAACCUGGCAUAUUUCCCAAGACAGUAAAAAACAAGCCCAUUCCCAGCUUAAGAGUGGUUGAGGAGAAGAAAAAGAAAAAAAAGAAGAAAGGGCGAGUGAAAAAGGAAGACAGUGUGCCGGAGAAGGAGGAGAACAUGGACACAAGCGGCGUUGGGGUCUGUAAAGUGAAAAGGUCCAGGACGGGCUCAGAGGGGUCUGAGCCAGAAGGUGCCGAACCCCAAAAGCAGACCAAAAAAAAGAAGAAGCGGGACCGCGCGGAGGUGUCCAGCUUCCCCGAGGGCAGGCCUGCCAAGAAGAGGAGGACCGGCUCGGCGGACGCGGAGCGCCUGGCACCCAAGACAAAGGUCAAGAAAACGGCCCCGAAAGAUGUGAAGAAAGAGGCUCCCGAGGUCCCCAAAGAGAACAGAGAUUUAGGGUUCUCUACAGAAGAGGAAAACGCUGGAGACACGAAGGAAGGUUCCCUGCUCAAAUCCAAGAGGAAGCACAAGAAGAAACACAAGGAGAGGCACAGGAUGGGGGAGGAAGUCAUACCGCUGCGGGUCCUGUCCAAGAACGAAUGGAUGGAUUUGAAAAAAGAGUAUUUGGCACUACAGAAAGCCAGCAUGGCUUCUUUAAAAAAGACAAUAUCCCAAAUAAAAUCAGAAUCGGAGAUGAAAACAGAUGGUGGCAUGCCUUCUUGGGCUGCAGUGAACAGUGACAAAGCCAGUGGUCCAGAGCGCCAUUCUCAAGAGAAGGUAAGCCCGCCAGGGCCACAGUUCGUGAGUGGAGUCAUCCUGAAAAUCAGUAGCCCAGAGCCGCUGCCUGGCAGGAAGCAAGUUCGGGAUAUGCUGGCAGCAAUCUCAGAAGUUGUGUAUGUUGAUCUGCUAGAAGGAGACACAGAAUGUCACGUUAGGUUUAAAACCCCAGAGGCGGCCCAGGCAGUCAUGAAUGGCCACACCGAGAUUAAAAAGAAGUACAGCUGGAAACUCGAAGUCCUUUCCGGUGAUCAUGAGCAGAGAUACUGGCAGAAGAUCCUGGUAGAUAGACAGGCCAAGCUCAAUCAGCCUCGGGAAAAGAAGAGAGGCACCGAAAAGCUAAUUACCAAGGCCGAGAAGAUCAGACUGGAGAAGACUCAGCAAGCCAGCCAGCACAUCCGAUUCUCAGAGUAUGACUGAGGCUCCCGGCUGGGCCUGGGCCAUGUGCAUUAAAGGCUGUCUAUGCUCACA